AUGGCUCCCUGGGAGCAGUUCGAGACGACCUUCUAUUUCAACAAGGAUUUCACCUACGAUGGGAAGGUCGUGGACCAGAUCCUUGCGAGCCGUCGCGCUCUUGAAAAUCAACUUUUUGUUGAUCGGCUGCUGAGCCUUCUGGGUGUCAAAGCAGUCCAGAAAAUAUAUCCUCCAAGAACCAAUCAAGACCUAAGGAACCUGUAUCAGCAGAUUGUUUCGUCGUCGUUUCCGAGUCACCACAAACAAGCGUUGAUUUACUACAUUCUCAGAGAUUGCCGCGGGGCAAGUGAUGCCAGUACGCAGUUUGCGCGGCGAUCCUAUCUUCCGGAGAAAUACAGACUGUUCAUAGAUGGACUUUGGCAUCUGGAUCGAUUAGAAUUUCGACGAGCCCUAGAAUAUCUCACGGAACCGUCUCUCAUACCGACCUUCCCAGAUGAGAUCCUCUAUGUCCUGACUCUUCAGAAGCUCCCGAAGCAUGAUGAUAGUCUCGCAAUAGCAUACUACCUUACUGUUUCUCCGCCACUGGCGUCUGAAAAGGUUCAGCAAGCGUUUUUCGAAACGCUCUGUCGUGCUAGCAUUACGGAAGCGUUUUUCUUCAGUCGGAAGCAUGAGGACGACCGCCGUCGCCGAUAUCUCGAACAGCUCGUGUUGUUCGUCCACCAGACCAGUGCGGGGAAGGUCAGAGGGGACCGAGCGAUUGAGCUCGUAAACCUUCCGUUCGAUGAACAAGAAGAGCAGUGGUUUGAGGAUUCUCUGCUUCAUGGAAAGGCAUCAACGUUACCAGGCGCGAAAGAUACGGUGAUGAUGCGACGACUCGCCACGGGAAGACUGCAGAAUCUAUCCGCUGAGGUCGAGUCUUUGGGUGGGAAGAAAGUGGACGGCAUCAAUUGGGAUGACCUCCGCCAGAGCAUCGAUCGGCAUGGCCCUCUCGGCGCUACACUUAGCCAUAGCGAUCAGGUUACGUGA